AGUUUCAAAAGUUUCAUUUUCUCGGUCACACUUGCACGAAGCAAAAUAGUGAAUAAAUAAAUUUUAUCUACCUAAUUGCUUGCUUUUUAACAUUACAGUCGUUCAAAAAUGAAUUUUAAUCAAUUUAUGAGUGUAAUAUCAUUGCGUGAUGAUAUUUUAGACGAUCUUACUUAUCUUCAAAAACACUUACGUUUGAUAAUUAAAUAUCACCAGAAAUUAUCAUCGAAGCUGUAUGUGGCUAUAGAAAACAAAAAUGGAAGAACAUGUAUCCCUGCCACAUCAAAAAAUUUUGGAUUGAUUCGACAACUCAUGGAUGAGUUGGAAGAAGAAAUGGAUGAAAUUAGCAGAGAGCAGAAAAUGCUAACUGAUAUUGUGAAGAAAGCUAUGAGUGAAUGUAAGAAGACAUGGAAAGAAAAAUUCAAUUCUGAAAUGGAUCAGGAUUUGGCAAAUGGAUUUAUUACAAGAGCUCUACAUUAUCACUAUGAAAAAAACUAUUUUAGCAUCAUGCCGAGCAAUGUAAGAGCAAGAAUGUCAGAAGAUGAUCUUAAAAAGAAAUUCAAUCAAGUGAAAGGUGAUUGUGAGUUUGAUCGUCCAACAUUGCAUUCAAUUAUAGAAAAAAAUGAAACAAAAAGCUUGUUAAUUAAUAAAAAGCAAGUCAAACGCGAAUCAUUAUUGAAGCCUGUUUUUCGUAAGCCGACAAAAGCAUUAGCUCAAACUCCGAAGAAACCGUCUGGAAAAGCUCGUGUCGUUGAAGGUCGUGAUGGGAAAAACAAAAAAGUUCUGUCAACACCAUCUUCACCAAACUCUCAAGCGAUAACACAUAGUCGGUUAAAUUUAUUAAAAGCAUUGAGUAAAGUGAAGACAGAACAAGUCGACAACAAGGAUGAGUUAGAUAAGUUUUACACAGAACGUUGUCGAGCUGCAUUAGCUGAAGUAGGGGAAGGUGGAAUUGACAUAAAAUACGUAAGAAGCGAUGAAGAUUACUCGGAAAGAUCUUCAUCGUAUGAUGGAAUGGAAGUUGAAGAUCCAUUAAAGAUGCCAAGUCGCAAGCGUAAAUCGCCGAUUGCUGUCUCUGAGGAGAGCUCAGAUGGAGACUACAUGAAAUAUUAUCCUCAACUUCCAAUCGAACCACCUCCUAAAACUGAGUAUAGUCAAGAAGAAUUCUUAUCAAUAUUUCGAUUAAUCACACCAGCAGUUGCUGAAUCAUUAAAGCUUCGGAGGUCUGAGAGAAAACGUCGUAAAUGUGCAAAGAACGAGAAAAAUGAUUAUCAUUAUGGAAACUUUGAUCUCAAUGAAGCUGCAUACAGAAUUCGAUUGAACAACAGAAAAUCAAUUUUCUAUAAACCGCUGCAUACAGAAUUCGAUUGAACAACAGAAAAUCAAUUUUGUAUUCACCAAACAACCGAAGAAACGGAAAGAAUGUUUAAUCUUUACAUUGC